AUGAACACCCUGGUAUUGUCGACAGUAUUCGCUAUUUUGUUUGUAUCUUUGGCCACCGCUGACAGCGAAACCUUCGAGGAAUUGUUUCAACCCGAAAUGCCCAGCAUGCGAGCCCGGAUAGCGUCGAGCAGCCGGUUUUGGGGGAAGCGUGACACCGCCCGAGCCCGAAUCGCCGCAUCCCGAAUUUUCCGAGGACGACGAUCGAUGGGAAUGGAGGAGACACCAGAAAGCGACGGGGCUGAGGCCAAUUUGGAGCGACAGCAGCAGCAGCUGUCUUCUGCCGAAGCUCCGAUGUGCGAUGAGGCCGAAUCUACACAUUUCAAGCCGGUUUUGGGGUCGAAAGUAGUGCAGACCACAUCACUAGACACAUCCACCAGCAGCAGCUGUGCAACGGAC